AUGGCAUCCUCUUUCUCCGUCUCCAACAGUAGUGCUAAUUGGUCAGCUAGGAACAGUCAAAGAAGAAGAUACAAUUGUAAUGACCCAGUUGAUAAGGAGAAGGAUUGCAAAUUCUUUGAGUGGAUAAAUCCUCCAUUACCAAACAAGUCGUACAAGGACCUGAUGUUCGAUUUUUACAACCAAGGAAAUCAAGCCAUUGAUGAAGAUUUCGAAGAAUUUAUGGAAGAAGAAGAUGCGGCAGAAGUAGUACAAGAGAUUUCUAUAGAACAUGAAGGUGGAACUGUUGCUAGGAGUUGGAUUUGGUGUUUGGUUGUUUGA